AUGUCGGGGUCACCUCUGAUGCCUCCUCUGAGUCUUGGUUCCCCCAACGCAGCACCUCCUGAGAGGCGACAGAUCCAUGUCCUGGCCUUCUUCAGCUUCCGAGGCCACCUGCGCUCCUUGGACCCUUGUGAUUACAUCGAACUCAGUGGCGUAACCCGGGACCCUCUUCCCAUCGGCGCCCGCUCCACAUUGGGUGGCAGCACGAGGAGUCGUCUAAUUAACCAGAGCCUUUUCGCGCGGCGGUUGAGAGGCGCCGGGGGUGACGGGUCCUGCCCCGGCCGGGUACAGCCGGAUAGUCCGUUCCCUACGCGCACAAAACUUCGCCGGCGCGGGGGCGGGGCCUGGCGCUGCCACGCCCCGCGCGGCGCCGGCGCACUGACGCCAGGGCGGCCGACGACGGAAGCUGGACGGUCGCGCGUCGUUGCCGGGCAACUGUCCGGCGCAGGCCGAGGAGACACCCCGCAGCCUGCUGCCCCCGCGGGCGGAGGCGGAGACGUGGCCGAGGUGGGUGCGGGCCCGAGCCGGAUGCCGGGGCCCCACCGCGCCCCAAGUCCGCCCCUCGGGAGCCGUAGGCCAGGCCCGGUCGUGGUCCUCAGCGGCCGCCUCGGACCCCCGCCCGCCCCGCGAGGGGACUACCCGAGCCCCCGACCCAACUCUCGGGGACCCCCGGGCGCCGCCCUCCCGCGGGCGCCCGGACUCUCCCCGGCUAUGCCAGACUGGGCCUCGCAGACCCCUGCGCACGGCGGCCGAGGCAGGACCCCGCAGUUCGUCCACCCUCCCAGGCAGUGCUGA